CAAGUCCGAAGUAGAUGUGGAGCCGUCUUGUCGCCAAUUCCGCGCGCAUCAGCGCAGCACGCUCGUCCCUCCUGCUGAGCCAGCAGGGUCGCUUCGUGAGUACACGUCGUGUGCCAUCCGAGGAGACGCUUUCUGCAUUGAAGGCACUGUUAGGCGAUCGCCUUUCAACCGCAUCAUCCGUUCUUGAGCAACACGGGACGGACGAAUCUUAUCACGCGGUGGCUCCGCCUGACGCUGUCGCCUUCGUGGAGUCCACAGAAGAAGUGGCCGAGGUCGUCAAGAUCUGCGCAGCUGCUGGCACGCCUGUCAUUCCCUUCGGCGCGGGAUCCUCGCUGGAAGGCCAUAUUUCCGCAACUGAGGGUGGCGUGUCAAUUGACCUUACGGGCAUGAACAACAUCCUGAGCGUCGAGCCCGAGAACAUGAGCUGCAAGGUACAGGCAGGUGUCACCCGCGAGCAACUCAACGUGGAUCUCCGUGCCACAGGUCUCAUGUUUCCUGUGGAUCCCGGUGCCAACGCCACUCUUGGUGGCAUGAUCUCUACUAACGCCUCAGGUACCACCACGGUGCGCUACGGCAACAUGAAGACCAACGUCAUGUCCCUGACGGCAGUCAUGGCUGACGGACGCAUCAUUAAGACGGGUUCCAAGACCCGCAAGUCUUCAGCUGGCUACGAUCUUACCCGUCUACUUAUCGGCUCAGAGGGCACACUCGGUAUUGUCACAGAGGCUGAGCUUCGUCUGUUUGGAGUCCCUGAGGCGGAGAAGACGAUGAUCUGCCAGUUUGACUCGAUCCAGAACGCUGUCGACACGUGCGCGGCAGUCAUGCAGAUGGGUAUCCCUGUGGCUCGCAUGGAGUUGAUGGACGAGAACGCUGUGGAGGCUAUUAACAAGUAUUCGAAGCUACAGACCCCAGUGCGGCCAUCUCUACUCAUUGAGCACCACGGCUCACCCGGCGAGGUGGAGGAACAGAGCGCAGUUGUGGUGGAGCUGGCCAACGACUUCGAGGCGAAAGACAUUGAGCUUGCUACCAGUCCUGAGGAGCGGAAGAAGCUCUGGAGUGGACGUCACGCGGCGUGGUACGCUACGAUGAGCCAGAUGCCGGGUAGCCGCGGUCUGUCCACGGACGUCGCCGUGCCGUUUUCUCGUCUGACCGACGUCAUCGUUGAGACGCAGACAGACCUGAAGGAGUCCGGCCUAUUCGGUACUAUCGUCGGACACGUCGGUGACGGUAAUUUCCACGUUAUGCUGCCGUUCUUCCAGGACGACGCCGAGCUCAUGCGGAAGGUGCGUGACUUCUCCGAUCGCCUUGUAAAUCGUGCGAUCGAGUACGAAGGCACGUGUACAGGUGAGCAUGGUGUUGGCAACGGCAAGAUGGGCUACUUGUCGAAGGAACAUGGCGACAGUGUGGGUGUGAUGCACACGAUUAAGAAGGCGUUGGACCCCAAGAACAUUAUGAACCCCGGCAAGAUUUUUUACGGUGAUGCUAAGCACUAA